AUGACUGAAACCAAAACCCAACUUCAAAAUCAGAGCGCUUAUAUUCGGAACUUGGAGGUGCAAGUAGGCCAACUAGCUAAUGCAUUGAGUGGAAGAAAUCAUGGAGUUUUGCCGAGCCAACCUGAGGUUAAUCCAAAAAUUCAAGAACAUGUGAAGGCAAUCACACUUCAAAAUGGGAGGCCCAUAAAAACUGCUAUAGAUUUAGACACAGAAACGCAGCAACAACAUCUGAAAACUAAGGAAAAAUCAUCUGAAAAUUGCCCACCUGUAGCCGGACCACCGCAACCUUCCAUCGUGAGCUCCACCGAAAAUUCAGCAAAACCUAAACAACCACCAUCCAAAAAUCUCACUCCAAAAUCCUAUGUUCCACCGAUUCCUUUUCCACAACGCUUGAAGAAAAAUAAGAAGGAUGCACAAUUCUCCAAAUUUCUUGAAAUUUUUAGGAAAUUGCAAAUUACCAUUCCAUUUGGUGAAGCAAUAGAGCAAAUGCCAAACUAUGGAAAGUUCAUCAAAGACAUCUUAAGCAAAAAGAGACGUUUGGAAGAUACAGAGAUGGUGGAAUUGACUGAGGAGUGA